CGCUGCCAAUCUAAUUAUGCUACAUCCUGAAUAGGUUUACGGGUUUAGUGACUUUUUUCGCCAAUGAAGCUUGCAUUAUUUUAUUAUAUUUAUGGAUAAGGUUGACGAAUAUAAGAACUGGACGAAGGCAAUUAGUUAAUUCUAUUACUGAAACAGUGUUUUCUGGUUUGCUUCGUUUCGCAGAAAUGUUGGCUAUCCACAAGAGAAUUGAUAACCAAUGACUAUCUGCGUAAUGGCAGAGACCACGACCGAGUGAAGUGUGUAUGGAUGUAAACAAUAUUGAAAGCAAGUUGGCUUUGUAAAGUAUUCCAUCGUGACGUGGUUUUGGGUAGCGUCUUCGCAGUUUUAGUUCGUGACAUUCUGUUGUAGUACAAGUUAAGGGUCCUAUUCUCAGAGAUGGCUAGCACUGCUGUCGCCGUGGACUUACCAGCUGAAGUUAAUGGAAAAAGCAAAGGCGGAGUUCUUCUUAUAAAGCAAGAGUACGUGGUAUCUGAUCGCGAGAUGGUUGCAGUUCAGGUGGAGAAAACCGAAAAUGAGAAUGGAGAGAAGCCAGCUGAAAAUGAAGAUAAUCAGCCUCCACAGAAGAAGGCACGUUGGAGUAAAGAACAGAAAAAGAAUCGCAAAGGGCAGAACAAGGCUCGGCCGUGCCCGUUCCGGGUGGACCGCGCGUCGUGCCUCUGCUCGAGCCUGAUCGACAGCCCGACAGACUCGGAGGCGGUGGCGAAGUUUGCCGCGGGGAGGCCGGAUGACCAGAAGCGUCUGUUUGAAUGCCGCGGGGAGGCCACCUGCACCUACCUGCACGACGUCCAGAGCUACCUGGAAACCAAGCAGCCGGACAUCGCGGAGGAGUGCCCAGUCUUCCGCACCCGCGGUCACUGCCCCUGGGGUCUGUCGUGCCGAUUCGGUGGGGCACACCUGACGACAGAUGGAAAGAAUAUGGUAGAUGCCGAGAAGAUGUCGAAGUACGCGUCAGACCCUCGACAGGGCACGACGAACGCGCUACACCGCGAACUGCAGGAGAACCUGCGGAAGCGCAGGUACGACUUCUCGAGGGCGGAGGCCGCGGUCGCUGCCUGCUCCAGAAACAAGAAGCCACAAGAAGUACGAGAAAAUGGGAAAUCAGAAGAACCGAAAGCUCCCAUCCCAGACCAGACCGCAGAAGAUAAGCCUGCCAACACAGAAGAGUCGGUGAAAACUGUGGGUGCUGUCACAGAUGAAGAUGUGAUAAAGUCUCGACAAGUGGAGAAGAAAAAAAUCGACUGGCAGGACAAGCUGUACCUGUCACCACUGACGACGGUGGGGAACCUGCCGUUCCGCAGGGUGUGCAAGGAGAUGGGUGCAGAUGUGACGUGUGGCGAGAUGGCGAUGGCUUCGAGCCUGCUGCAGGGGGCCGUGCAGGAGUGGGCGCUCACCAAGCGCCACCGCUCCGAGGACAUCUUCGGCGUGCAGAUAUGCGGAAACAACCCCCAUGUGAUGUCCCGCUGUGCGCAGAUGUUGGAAGAACAGGUCUCGCUGGAUUUCCUGGACAUCAACCUUGGCUGUCCCAUCGAGCUCGUUUACGAACAGGGCGGCGGUUCCGGACUGCUGCGGCGCGAGAGGGUGCUGGAGGAAGUGGUGCGCAGCACGACCGGCGUGCUGCGCCAGACGCCACUGACGGCCAAGCUGCGCACCGGUGUCUACAGCGGCAAGAAUGUCGCCCACGAGCUGGUGCCCAAGUUUGCCGACUGGGGAGUCUCCCACAUCACGCUCCACGGGCGGUCCCGCGAGCAACGGUACAGCAAGUUGGCAGACUGGCCCUACAUCGAGCAGUGCGCAGAGCUGGCGGCACGGCGAGGUGUCCCACUCUUCGGCAACGGCGAUGUCCUGUCCUGGGAGGACUACCGGCGGGUGCGCAGUGACUACCCGCACGUCGCCGGCGUGGCCAUCGGCCGCGGCGCGCUCUACAAGCCGUGGAUCUUCACCGAGAUCAAAGAGUCGCGCCACUGGGACAUCUCUAGCUCGGAGAGGCUGGAUGUCCUCAGGAAGUUCGUCAACUACGGCCUCGAGCACUGGGGCUCGGACUAUAAGGGAGUGGAGAACACACGCCGCUUCCUGCUGGAGUGGCUGUCGUUCCUCUACCGCUACGUGCCAGUCGGGCUGCUCGAGAGGCCACCCCAGAAGAUGAACGAGCGGCCCCCGCCGUACGUCGGCCGCGACGACCUGGAGACGCUCAUGGCCAGUGCCAACUGCGCCGACUGGCUCAAGAUCAGUGAGAUGCUGUUGGGCCCGGUGCCCGCAGACUACAAAUUCCUGCCGAAGCACAAGGCGAGCGCAUGGGCCUGAGAGUAGAGACGUGUGGGCCCCGAUCCGCGCAGGUUCGGCGCGACGGCCCACACGCCGGUCUGCCGGCGAGGCGCCGCACUUCUCUCUCCGCUGUGGCACUGCGCGAGCCACACUACCGGAGGCGGCGCUCGUCUGACAGGGGAGCACAAUUUUGUGAAAGUGUGCGACACGACACCGAAGCGUGACGUCGUAAGAGAUGGGGUGUAGAGAAAAGUCAGUUUGUGAUAAUUUCAGUUAUUAUUAUUGAUAUCUGAAAUGUGCCUUUAUUCCAGGGAUCCUGUAUAAAGUAACAGUGUAUGCCACAUUGCAGUUUGAAUGUAUUAUCGAGUUAUUUGUCUAUUUGCUGAAAGUGACAGCUUUUACGUCGCACACCUGGUGGUGACAGGGAGUGCAAACCUAGCCUGUCUACAGCAGCUGUGCUUUUUGUGAAUUGUCUAUGGACGUUCUGGCCAGGGAAGUCAGAUCAUAGUAAUAAUGGCAGAUUGUAAUUUAUAUGCCUCGUGCAUCUCGUGGAGUUUUUGCUUCAGCCUUCUUCCUGUGGCUAUUGAUUGUGGUGAAGUUUUAAUAAAGGAAUUACGCAAUACUGUAAA